AUGAGUGGAUUCGUAGGUGAUCUUUCUCCAGAUCAGGAGAAAUUCCUAUUGGAAAUAAAAAGAAAACUAAAAGAAAAUAAUGAUAGUAUAGUGUUGGAAGAGAAAGCAAAGUUGGAUGACUCCAUGAUUUUGAGAUUCUGCAGAGCUCGAAAAUGGAAUCUCAAUGAUGCAUAUACUAUGUUAUUUAAUGCUCUAUUGUUUAGAGCAACAUUCCAAAAUACAGGUGUUGAUGCAAUUACAGAGGAAACCGUGGACAAUGAAAUGAAAGCAGGAAAGAGUUUCUUCCAUGGCUCUGACAAAGAAGGACGACCCGUUUGCAUAGUAAGAACAAGAAAGCACGACUCUAGUCAACGAGACUUGGAGGAGGCACAACGAUAUUGCGUGUAUGUCAUGGAAACAGGUAAAGCCUUACUUCCACCAGGCAUCGAAACCUGUACUUUAAUUUUUGAUAUGUCAAGCUUCAGCACUAAAAAUAUGGAUUAUCCUCUUGUUAAGUUUAUGGUUGAUAUGUUUCAGAAAUACUAUCCAGAAUCAUUGGCUAGAUGUUUAAUAUUAAAUGCACCUUGGGUGUUUAUGGGUGUUUGGAAUAUCAUUAAGCAUUGGCUCGACCCAUACACCGUAUCAAAGAUUAGCUUUGUCAAGACAAGACAGCUUAUCGACUACAUUCCAGCAGAUCAACUAUUGAUGGCUUAUGGUGGAGAGAGCAAGUUCAAGUACACCUAUAAAGGAACAGUCGUUGAAGACUAA